AUGACUCCUGUCCCCGGGCAGGGUGGGGGAGGAUCCACCUGUCUCAGGUGCUGGUUAAAGCUUAAGGGAGAGAAGCAGCAUUACUCAAACCUAGCAAAGCAGAAACAGAGAUACAGACAGCUGACGGAUAACAGCAAAGAGACAGCCAGAGAGACCCUAAGCUCAGGAUAUCUAAUUGUGUUAUCAGCAAAGGACCACAGCCUCAGAAUGAACAAAUGUGUGACAAAGACAGUCCUACUGCUACUCCUGUGGCUAUGCUGCACCCUCAAUGCAGAAGCAGAAACUACUACAAAUGAAACCCCAACUAUUUCACCAAAUAAUGACACAACAGCAACUACCCCUAAAAAUAAUGACACAACAGCAACUACCCCUAAAAAUAAUGAUACAACAGCAACUACCCCUAAAAAUAAUGACACAACAGCAACUACCCCUAAAAAUAAUGACACAACAGCAACUACUCCAACAGUGACUCAAACUACAAUUACUCCAACAAAUAAUGAUACUACAGCAACUACCCCUAAAAAUAAUGACACAACAGCAACUACCCCUAAAAAUAAUGACGCAACAGCAACUACCCCUAAAAAUAAUGACACAACAGCAACUACCCCUAAAAAUAAUGACACAACAGCAACUACUCCAACAGUGACUCAAACUACAAUUACUCCAACAAAUAAUGAUACUACAGCAACUACCCCUAAACUUAAUGACACAACAGCAACUGCUCCAGCAGCGUCUGAAACCACAAUUACUCCAACAAAUAAUGAUACUACAGCAACUACCCCUAAACUUAAUGACACAAUAGCAACUACUCCAACAAAUAAUGAUACUACAGCAACUACCCCUAAAAAUAAUGACACAACAGCAACUACCCCUAAAAAUAAUGACACAACAUCAACUGCCCCAACAGUGACUCAAACUACCACAAUUACUCCAACAAAUAAUGAUACUACAGCAACUACCCCUAAGCUUAAUGACACAACAGCAACUGCUCCAACAGCGUCUGAAACCACAACUACUCCAACAAAUAAUGAUACUACAGCAACUACCCCUAAACUUAAUGACACAACAGCAGCUACCCCUAAAAAUAAUGACACAACAGCAACUACCCCUAAACUUAAUGACACAACAGCAACUACCCCUAAAAAUAAUGACACCACGGCAACUGCUCCAACAGUGACUCAAACUACAACAAUUACUCCAACAAAUAAUGAUACUACAGCAACUACCCCUAAACUUAAUGACACAACAGCAACUGCUCCAACAGCGUCUGAAACCACAACUACUCCAACAAAUAAUGAUACUACAGCAACUACCCCUAAACUUAAUGACACAACAGCAACUACCCCUAAAAAUAAUGACACAACAGCAACUGCUCCAACAGUGACUCAAACUACAACAAUUACUCCAACAAAUAAUGAUACUACAGCAACUACCCCUAAACUUAAUGACACAACAGCAACUGCUCCAACAGCGUCUGAAACCACAACUACUCCAACAAAUAAUCAUACUACAGCAACUACCCCUAAACUUAAUGACACAACAGCAACUGCUCCAACAGCAUCUGAAACCACAACUACUCCAACAAAUAAAGAUACUACAGCAACUACCCCUAAACUUAAUGACACAACAGCAACUACCCCUAAAAAUAAUGUCACAACAGCAACUACCCCUAAAAAUAAUGACACAACAGCAACUACUCCAACAGUGACUCAAACUACAACAAUUACUCCAACAAAAAAUGAUACUACAGCAACUACCCCUAAACUUAAUGACACAACAACAACUACCCCUAAACUUAAUGACACAACAGCAACUACCCCUAAAAAUAAUGACACAACAGCAACUGCUCCAACAGUGACUCAAACUAGCACAAUUACCACAACUGGAAUAAGCACAACAACAUUAAUGCGCUAUGUUGUCUACCUGCAAUAUCGCAUCACAAAUGAAGACUUUUCUACCAGCCUUAAUGAUCCACAAUCUGAAGCCUACAUAACACUUGUGAAAAAGAUCGAAGUCAUGAGUAAUGAAGUGUACAAUUGCACACCCUGCAGCAUCGAAGGAAAAUAUCUUGGGGUGACAAUCCUUACCUUCAGUGCUGGGUCUGUGAUUGCUGACACCAAGCUUGAGUUUUCUAACGAGCAGAAUCCCGUCACUGUCCAAAACAUCCUUCAAGAACGUGCCACACAAGGUGGUUUAAUAAAUGGCUUGGCGCUAACUGAUGUAAAAGCCAGCAGCACAUCUAUUGCGUCUGGAACAGAGAAUCCAGUGCCUGGCUGGGGCAUUGCACUGCUAGUCCUAAUGUCUGUCAUUCUACUCUUUGCUAUUGUCUUCAUUAUAGUAAUGGCAAUAGUUUUUUGCCGUCGUAGAAGUUAUGGCCAUAUGGAUGUCUUUGCUUCCCGUGGCUCUUACCACUCAAUGAAUGACUACUCCUCUUAUCAGACCCAUGGGCGAUAUGCGGCACCCAGUAAGCAAAACCUUCAAGAGAAUUCAGGCAAUGGCCAAAAAAGUGCAUAUUCCUACACCAAUCCCACCCUAGACACCAACGAUUUAUAAAAAAAACAACAACAAAAAACAGUGCAUGAUACUUCUCAGGGUACAUCAUAUUUAUUUUUAAAAAUCCACCAGUCACAGUGUAUUGUGCCAUCAAUACCAAAGAUAAAAUGUAUCUUCUCACCAGCCCCAUGGAAACAUAAUGUAAUUUCUUAACAAUGCCACAAUCACUCUGCAUCUACAAUCAGCGCUUGAAUAUUACCACCACAUAGACUUGUGGUGAGUCUGUAUGAAUUGUUUCCUAUGUCUCUGUACCUAAAGUGUUAUCAAGUUAAUGCUAAGAAUUGGCAACUCCAAACCAACUUCUUCUAAUGGACAACAUUCCCAGAAUGCUCUAUUGAUUCCGCUGUGGUCUAACACGCCCUGAAUGAAUGCUUGUGCCUCAAUUUAUGGAGAGACUCUAUCUAAUCUGAACCAAACGCUUUGCGUACAAGAAGACAAACACACAGAAGAAUAUUGUGUGUAUUCUAUGUUCUGGUAGAAACCAUGGAUAUGUCACAGCUUGAUAUAAAUACCAAGGAGGACACUAUGCCAUCUGCUGACACGCCAUGCCCAUACCUUCUUCAGGACACAGUACACUGACUAAUAAUUGUGUUUUUUUGUUUGUUGAGGAAAUGAGGUUACUAGGGCUGUGCUGUAAAGUGUUAUUGUCUUAAAGGUGUUAUUCCCCCCCACCAUACAACAGGAACAUGCAUGGCAUGUUCCCAGUUAGUUAUGUAUAAAGAUUUUGCUUAUGUAAUAUUUGCAGCUAGUAAAGUAAUCAUAGAAGGGAUAGUGAUGUGAAAGGGAUCAGUUGCACCAGGUGAUGUUACCUAAAAAAAAAGCAGAUAGUUUCCUUAUGUUCGACAAGCUGCAAGCUUGAGUGGACUUUGUGAAAAAUCUGGCAUGUUUGUGUAUGGUGACUCGCCCAUUAUAAACAUGCACCAGCUUGUCUAGAGAGAUCAGCUUCAGAACUUUUAUAUUUCAUUUCCUUAGCAAUUUUUUUUUAAUGCUUAAUGACCUGAAACCUAAGAGAAAGAGAUAAUAUUCAUCCUACUCUUCCAAUAAAUAGAGUAUCUGGGAAAUUCCUUCCUUGGGGGGGCAGCUUUGUAUGGACGUGGGGCACUUUAACCUUCUAUAACCCAUAACAAUGCAUUACUGUUACCCUCUCUGUUAUAGUAAAGGAAUAGUUCCUUGUGUCCAGUGGGUGUGGACUGUGUGUGUAUAAUAUUGUGUGGCGCUGUGUAGGUGUCAGAUAAUGCUUUGUGUAUGUAUGACAGUAUGUGUUUGAGAUAUUUUACUUUUAAUUAAGAAGUAAAACAGAGGAUAUGAACUGAAGAAACCCCUUGUGGUGCUGUGUUUGUAAAUGCCCCAAUAAGUUCACAGAAACUGGAGAGGGCUCUGGAAGAUCCCAUAUAUCUGUAAUGGGAGUAUGAAAGACCUGAUUCUAGUGCACUAUGUAUAGCUUCUCUGUGUGCUAAUGUGCCAAAACCUGACCCCCAUAAACAAUUUUCCUGCUAGUGCACUGCAGUUAAUAGUAUACACACUCCAGGUGAACACUAUUUAUAACAAUCUUAAAUGUUUCAAACUAGAGAACCCCCAGUAGGAAAUCAAUGUGACCCAUUCUCUACUAAGUGGAAGUUACCUGUAAAGGAUCUAAUAUUUUCAUUGACAAACUAGUCACCUUAAUAUUGUUACAUGAGAAAUACUAAUUGCUCAAUAUCUGUGCAGAUAAAGGGGUUCUUACCAUAUUAUUUCCACUGAUAAUGGUCUUUUUAGCAGAUUGUGAUAUCUUUUAAAAGACCAAUGUAUUAAUAAAUUAUGGAAUUUAUUUUCUUGCAUAAGUUUUCAAGACCUUUAAAAGUCUCUUCUAUAGAUAGCUGUUCACAGGAGGGGUCCUUACAGUGUUGUAAAAAUAACCAAAUAACAAAUUCAUAGCUUUUUGGCCUCUCAAUGGAGCGUCGGGCAAGCAGAAAUUUUACACAAAAGCAAGAGAUGUAUAAUGCCCCUUAAGUACAGCAUGCCAACCUCAAGGUCUCUUGUUGGACCACUGAACCCAUAUUCUAAGUGGCAAGACUGUGUUUAGAGGAGCAAACAGAAUGAGCUCAGGAAAGUUUAGAGAUAUUGUUUGCUUUAUUUCCAUAACCACAGAGGAUCUAAACUGGAAGGACUGGUCUGUGCUGGAGUGCAAACAGAACGCAGCCCUAAGCGGGGAAAGUGAUCUCUGGAGUGCAUGAAGACUUUCUGCUGCCUACGGGCUGUACCUUAAUAUUUAUAUAAUGUAUUAUAUAAGUCUGUAUCAACAGAAAUGAUUUGUUUAUAAUAAAGUGAAUUAAAUGUU